AUGACAGACGAGGGGGUAGUCAAGCCCUUGGAAGCUACACUGGAUGCUGCAACAAAAGGCCAAGCUGUGUCGGGAUACGAGGAUCUGGGAAUCUGGGAAACAAUCAAAACCUUCAAACUUUGCACAAUUGUGUGCUUCGCUAUGGCCUUCAGCGCUGCUACUGAUGGAUAUCAGGUUGGAAUCAACGCCAGCAUUAUUGCGAACCAAGGAUUCGUCGCGCGGUUUGCGACUGAAAUUGGAAAGGACGGAAAGCCCGCUUUGGCAUCCCCGAUUCUUGCCGGAUGGAGCUCCAUUAUGUCCUGCGGUCAAAUCGUCGGGAUGGUUUCACUACCGUUCCUGUCAAGUAGUUACGGUAGGAAGCCGGCGAUGUACACAUUCUGGGUGAUCCUCGUGUGUAGCGUGCUGGCAGAAAGUCUGGCGAGGUCGUGGCAAGUAUGGCUAGUCGGCAAACUACUUGCUGGGAUUGGUGUCGGGUGCCUGCAGUCGACGGUGCCAGCUUACAUCGCUGAGGUCGCACCGAAUCGUAUACGCGGUGGUCUGUUGAUGUGCUACAGCUUUUGGUGGUCACUUGGUUCCUUCUUUGCACAAGUUGCCCUGCAGCAUUUGGCCCAGGACCAUCCGAUGAACUACCUGACGCCCGUUUAUACCCAAUGGGCCCAGAUUGGUUUGAUGUUCCUGAUAUACAUUCUCGUCCCUGAGUCCCCCGCUUGGUGUAUCGAUGCUGGCAAAGCUGAUCGUGCUAGAAAGGAACUCUUGCGCUUAUAUCGCGGGGUACCGGGCUUCAACGUGGAUCAACAACUUAGUGUCUUGUCCCUCGCAGUUGAGCACGAACGAGCCAUAGCAGCUGAGCAGCGAAGAGAGAAGUGGUACUCUAUAUUCCGUGGGACAGAUGGAGUACGAACUGUUAUCACUUUGUGGACGAACACCACGCAACAGCUCAUCGGGUUGACCCUGUUCGGUACAUUUGGGACGUACUUCUUCCAGCAGGCUGGACUGAGUGACCCCUUCAAGAUCAAAGUCAUUACUACAUCAAUCCAAAUUGCCACAGUUCUGAUCCUCGUGGCUAUAGCCGACCGCCUGGGUAGACGAUGGCUGGCCUGUGGCGGCACCACGCUGUCGUGGCUCGCUUGUGUGGCUAUCGGCAUCAUCGGCGUUGUCCCCCAGAGCAAUGGGUCAACUUAUGCUUUUGUGUUCUUUGCCUGCCUUUGGAAUGUCGGCCUAGCUGCGAACGGCGCAACAGGCUGGGGUUAUAUUGGCGAGAUCUCAUCCCAGAGACUUCGACCCUACACAGCUGGAUUUGGUGCAGCUGUAACAUGCGUCGUAGGUGUGGUGAUGAGCAACCUGGUUCCAUACAUGACCAACGUCAACAAGUGGGACUGGGGCCUGAAAACAGGUUGGUUCUACGCCGGGGUCGGUUUUCCAUUUACCCUGGGAAUGUGGUUUUUGAUUCCAGAGACUUCUGGUCGCUCUGCCGCUGAGUUGGACGAAUUAUUUGAGAGGAAGAUUAAGCCAUGGCGAUUCCAUAAAACAGAAACCGCUACCCAGCGUCUUGUCCAGAUCAGGAGGGAAAGGGAUAGCUGA